CGGACCUAUUUACAGUUGCACCAAAACGUGUGCGUUCACAAACUGUCGCCGACUGUAAUGAUUAUAAAAAGCUUUUGACAACUCCCAGUUUUCCGUGUUUAACAUGUUGCCAGUGGGAAAUGGAAACGAUACAAGUUUGUUUUAGAUGUCUUUUGCUUUAUCGUGUCGUCACUGAGAUUUGACCCAUCCGUGCAAGCUUUACGAUGAAUUAAAUGUCCAGUCUGAUCACAACGUGACUUUGAGCAAGCACAGCAGUCAUGUGUCAUACUGUACAACUGGAGCUUUAACCCUUUAAUCAAACAUUCCGUCUCAAAAUGCAUUUAAAUGUACCGUUCCCCAUCCUCCGAGGGAGCAUCAGAAACCUGAUGACCAGAUCCUCACAGACGUGCAGAUGCAAAGUGACCUGGAGGAGAAAUUACAGUUUUUAUCGAGAUGAGGUGAAAUCACUUAGAGCAGUGGUCAGCCCUGACAUCUCAAAAAUUCGUAACAUUGGUAUCAUGGCACAUAUAGAUGCAGGAAAGACCACCACGACCGAGAGAAUGCUGUACUACGCCGGCUACACACGGGCUCUCGGAGAUGUGGAUGACGGCGACACUGUAACUGAUUACAUGGCUCAGGAGAGGGAGAGAGGAAUCACCAUCCAGUCAGCUGCUGUUACCUUUGACUGGAAAGAUCACAGGAUUAACCUCAUAGACACACCAGGUCAUGUUGAUUUUACUCUGGAGGUUGAGAGAGCUUUGCGAGUGUUGGAUGGAGCGGUUGCUGUGUUUGAUGCUUCUGCUGGAGUAGAGGCUCAAACCAUGACAGUGUGGCGGCAGGCAGAAAAACACAAAAUCCCAUGUGUGUGUUUCCUAAACAAGAUGGACAAGCCUGCAGCUAGCCUGAGGUACUCUUUAGACAGCAUAAAGACUAAACUAAAGGCCAACCCUAUUCUCCUUCAGAUCCCCAUUGGCUCAGGGAAGAGCUUUACCGGAUUGGUGGACUUGAUCACUAGGCAGAAAAUGACAUGGCAGGGGAGCUCACUGACGUAUGAUGGCUGUGCUUUUGAGACCAGUGCCCUUCAGCCCUCAGAUGACCCAGAUGUGCUUCAGGCUGUCAGUGAGGCCAGGGCCACUUUGAUAGAACAGGUAGCAGAUCUAGAUGAUGAUUUUACAGAGCUGCUGCUGGGACAGUACAGUGAAAAUUUUGAUGCGGUACCUGCUGGGAAGUUGCAGGAGGCGCUGAGAAAAGUGACAUUAGCUCGUAAGGGGGUGCCUGUGUUGUGUGGAAGCUCUCUGAAAAAUAAAGGGGUUCAACCUCUGCUGGAUGCCAUUACUGCUUACCUUCCUGCCCCCAAUGAGAGGAACCAUGCCCUGGUACGCUGGUAUAAUGAUGAUCUGUGUGCGUUGGCAUUCAAAGUGGUCCAUGACAAACAGAGGGGUCCACUCGUGUUUGUUAGGAUCUAUUCGGGCAGCAUGAAGGCUCAAUCGGCAGUGUACAACAUCAACAGGAACGGAACGGAAAGAAUGAGUCGACUUCUCUUGCCUUUUGCUGAUCAGCACAUAGAAAUCCCUUCUUUAUCUGCAGGAAACAUUGCGCUUACAGUUGGACUCAAACAGACUGUGACAGGCGACACAAUCGUCUCCUCCAAAGCCUCUGCUGCAGCUGCGGUGCGGCGGGCUCAGAAGGAAGCAGAGAGCAAGAGUAGCUCGCAAAGGGAAAGCAGCAGUCUGGCUCUUGCAGGGGUGGAGGUCCCUGAGCCUGUGUUCUUCUGCUCCAUUGAACCUCCUACUCUGGCCAAACAAACAGAUCUGGAGCAUGCACUCAACUGCCUGCAGAGAGAAGACCCCAGUCUGAAAGUCAGAACAGACCCUGAUUCUGGACAGACGAUAUUGUGUGGGAUGGGAGAGCUGCACAUUGAGAUCAUCCAUGACCGUAUUAAGAGAGAGUACAACAUCGAAACUCACCUUGGACCCUUGCAGGUGGCCUACAGAGAGACCAUCCUCCAAUCAGCAACUGCCACAGACACGUUAGAUCGUACUCUUGGAGACAAGAGGCAUGUUGUUACUGUGGAGCUUGCUGUCCAUGCUCUGGAGUCUAGCACUUUCUGUGAAGCGACUUUUGAGGAGGAAGUAAAAACUCAGCUUCCUGCUGAUGUCAGAGAAGCUGUGGAAAAUGGAGUUCAGAGCGCCUACCUCCAAGGUCCUGUGCUGGGUUUUCCUGUAGAGGGAGUAAAGACCGUUAUCCAGCGUGUAAGAUUGGAGCCAGGCACUUCUGCAGCAAUGGUGUCAGCCUGCGUGUCCCGCUGCAUGCUCAAGGCUCUGAAGUUGGCUGGGGGGCAGGUUUUGGAGCCGGUGAUGGCUCUGGAAGUGACUGUAGACGAAGAGUAUCUGAGUCUUGUCCUUUCGGAUCUCGCCCAGCGACGCGGUACUGUAUGUGACAUCCAAAGUCGACAGGAAAACAAGGUUUUGCUGGCUACAGUACCUUUGGCUGAGAUGAUGGGCUACUCAACUGUUCUCCGCACUUUGACCUCUGGGAACGCUACUUUUUCUUUGGAGCUGUCCAGCUAUGAGCCCAUGAACACUCAGGACCAGAAUACGCUGUUCAACAAGAUGGCUGGACUAGCUUAAAACAUUAACUUUCACCAACUGAACUGAACAUUUAUACAGGCAAAUUUUGAUUGCUCUGUGAUUGGCUGCUCACAUAUGGUCCAAAGAUAAAAUCAUUUCUCUGAUGGAGAGAAGUGCGUAAGGUAAAAAACAAUGCUUACUGGUGCUUGUGUGUACGUGUAUAUAAAACAUACCAAUAAUUUUACAAGAACAAUGCAUUCAUUAAUCUUUUAUUUAAAUAUUUAUUUCAUUUAUGAAACCCUUAAGACAUACCUAGCCUUGGGAAAUCAUUAAAAAGUAGACCUCAUUUCAAAAACUUCAAAUUCUGUAAAAUUUAUUCACAAGAAUAUUAAUUACGGUUUGGAAAUCCAGAUGUACAGAACUGUCCAUUUAAUAAUAAACAGUAAUUAAAAACA